UUCCUAAUAAAGAACUUCCUUCCAAUAGGGUUCCUUAUCUGCAUCGUAUGGAUGCUUGCAUGGCCCUGGCCUGGAGAGAAAGUGGAGCAGUGGAAGGUUGCCAAUUAUGUUGUUGUUGAGACAGCGUGCAUUGUGGUCAUUUUUGUGAUAUCUGGGCUGGCGCUGAAGACAGAGGAGAUCACAUAUGCCAUCAAACACCCUGCCCCCCUCAUAUAUGGCCUGGUUGCCAUCCUUGGCGUGACUCCCUGCCUGGCAUUUGUGACUAUCCGACUGCCCCUUCACCCUGCAGAAUUUGUGAUUGGUCUGACGGCGUUUGCAGUGGGGCCGACAACCCUUGCCCAGGGGCAGACUCUGGUGGCCCAAGCGGGCGGCAACACAGCUCUGGCGCUGAUGCUGCUUGUGCUGACUAAUAUGCUGGCCGUUUUCACCGUUCCCUUUUUGUUCAAGGCGGUGCUCAGCAGUAAGGCAGACAGCGUGCAGAUCAACUCUGCCAACCUGCUGAUAAACCUCGUCAUCACCAUCCUCGCUCCCGCCAUCGUCGUCAGGGACCUGAUAAAGCCGGUGGCGCGGUGGGUGUCCGGUCACCGCGUGACCAUGAGCCUGCUGAACAACGGCGCGCUGCUGGUGAUCGUGUGGGUGCAGCUGUGCUCCGCGCACGACCGCCUGAUGCAGCAGGCCUUCAAGGACAUUGUGCUCAUCAUCGUGGCAGCUGUGCUGCUGCACUUUGUCUUCGUCGCCAUCAAUUGGCCCAUGAUCAUUCUGUUCCGCUUUCCACCGCGCGAGGCGGUCGCGGCGAUGAUCAUGUCUUCGCAGAAGACGAUGCCUUUUGCGGUGUCCAUCAUUGCUCUGCUGCCGGCCAGCCUAGGGAGCAAGGGUCUGCUGACGCUGCCGCCGCUCAUCUGCCAAGUCAGCCAGCUGUUCUGCGACAUCUGGAUCGCCAACUACUUUGGAAAGAAGGUCCGCGCUGUUUACCACUUAGUGUCAAAUCGCCAACAUCAGUCUUCUUGA